AUGGGAAGCAAAGAGAUCGAGGUGGACGUUCUUGUAAUUGGCGCUGGUCCAACGGGCCUCGGAGCUGCGAAGCGCCUCCAGCAAUUGAACUCCGUAUCAUGGCUCGUCAUCGAUUCUAACGAGACGCCAGGCGGCCUGGCAUCCACGGAUAUCACACCAGAAGGCUUCCUGUACGAUGUCGGCGGUCAUGUGAUCUUUUCCCAUUAUAAGUACUUUGAUGAUUGUCUCAACGAGGCAUUGCCCCAGGACUCGGACUGGUACACCCACCAGCGCAUUUCCUAUGUCCGAUACCAAGGACAGUGGGUGCCAUACCCAUUUCAGAAUAACAUCGCUGUGCUACCUAAGGACGAGCAGGUAAAAUGUCUUGAGAGCUUGAUUGAUGCGGCUCUCGACGCUCGGGCUAGGUCGCCGAAUGACAAGCCAAAGGACUUUGAUGAGUGGAACGUCAGGAACGUCGGAGAACGCCUAACCGAAAUAUUCAUGCGGCCCUAUAACUUCAAAGUCUGGGCUGUCCCAACGACCAAGAUGAACGCUACGUGGCUUGGAGAACGUGUUGCGGCCCCCAACGUCAAGCUUCUGACGAAGAACGUCAUCCUCAACAAGGUCGCAGGAAGUUGGGGUCCCAAUGCCACAUUCCGCUUUCCAGCCCGUGGCGGGACAGGUGGUAUCUGGAUCGCCUUAGCAGAUACGAUCGAAAAGGGAAACACAAGAUUCGGCAAACAAGGCGAGGUCACCAAGGUCGAUGCGGAUGCCAAGAAGGUACAGUUGUCAGAUGGUACCGUCAUCAAAUAUGGAUCUCUCGUGUCAACCAUGGCUGUCGACCACCUAGCUCAAUCCAUGGGUGAUGCCAAGCUUCAAGAAAUGUGCAAACCCUUGUUCUACUCUUCAACCAACGUGAUUGGUGUUGGCAUCCGUGGAGAGCGUCCUGAGCGUAUUGGAGACAAGUGUUGGCUUUACUUUGUUGAGGAUAACUGCCCCUUCUACCGAGCCACGAUCUUCUCCAACUACUCCCCUCACAAUCAGCCUGGGAGAGAAACACAGUUGGCCACCAAGCAACUCGCCAACGGCAAGAAGCCCUCCUCAUCGAAACCUCAACCAGGUCCAUACUGGUCCAUCAUGCUUGAGGUGUCCGAGUCGUCUUACAAGCCUGUCAACCAUGAGACUUUACUUGAAGACUGUAUUCAAGGUCUCAUAAACACCGAGAUGCUGAAACCUGAGGAUGAGAUUGUGAGCACUUAUGUGCGGCGAUUUGACCACGGAUACCCCACACCAAGUCUGGAGCGAAAUGAUGCGCUGGCCGAGAUUCUGCCUUACCUCAAGAACAAGGAUAUCCUCUCACGGGGUAGGUUCGGAUCCUGGAAGUAUGAGGUGGGAAAUCAAGACCACAGUUUCAUGUUGGGUGUCGAGGCCGUGGACCAUAUUGUUUCGGGUGACGUUGAACUCACCCUGGCAUACCCAGAUUUUGUCAAUUCGCGUGCCAACACGGAACGUCGCCUAAACAGCACGCGACACUUGCGGAAUUAA